UUGGGCCACAUUAUGCGGGACAUAUCACUAACAAACCCCGUUACCCUAUUCCGCGAGCCGACGGUCUCAUCGACCAACUUCGCGGGGCCAAGAUUUUCUCCAAAAUUGAUUUGCGAGGGGGUUACCACCAGAUUCGUGUCGCUGAAGCUGAUUUUUGAAAGGCUGCAAUUCGUACCCACUAUGGAACCCAUUUAUUUCCGUCACUGUAAUUACAGUGAAAAUGCUCCAACAUCAUUAUACUGUCCAAAUGCCAGCCAUGACGUGCAGCAAUACGUGGCCUCAUGCCCCACCUGCCAGCUCAUGAAAUCCUCUAGCCAAAGGCCAGCUGGAUUACUACAACCGCUAGAACCGCCCACAAAGCCCUUGACACAAGUAUCCAUGAACUUCAUAACAUGAGUGCUGUGGUCAUGGUCGUUGAUCGA